GAAAAGCAGCAGGAUCAGGACUCCCCUCUGCAGGAUGACCCCCACAUGGAGAAGAUUCUUACUCCCAAACGUCUGAGGACAAAAGCAGAACACUCUUCACUUCUGGGGGGACAACUACUGAGGAUGCCAUAAAAAGCAGAUGAACUCAGCCGGGAACAGGGAGUUCCAUUCACUCAGUUUAGCAUCGUUCACAACCAGCCAGCCUCACCUCUUAACAGCGUAAGAUGGUAGCAACAACAGCAGCCCAGAUGAAGAGAGUCUCUUGCCUAAUCCUUCUGAGCUGUCUGUGCCACCUGACGGCAGGUGUGACGGUGCAGGUGAGCCCACAGGAGGAGGCUGUUGCCCAUCUUGGGAGCACAGUCACUCUGAGCUGCGAGGUGCAGAACUCUGACGGUGAGGAAGAACUUCAGUGGAGUCGAAACAGCGGUCUGGUUGACCUACAAGAGGGGAACCGUCUGAGCCAGAGCCAUCUGUGUGUGCAGAACCUGACCCGAGAUGACCACCAGGUCAAAUUCACCUGCCAGCUGAAGAGGAACGCCAGUGUAUCUUCCAGUGUGAAAAUGAGCGUCCUCUACCCACCUAUUCUGUCUGGAGAGGAGAAUGUAACCAUGGAAGAGACCAGAGAGUCUGAGAUCUCCUGCCCUGUGCAGGCCAACCCCCAGGUGACCGUCUCCUGGCUCCGUAAUGGUGUUGCUGUUGACCUGCUAAAGGAGGGCUACACGCUUUACCAGGACAGCUCGGUGGCCAAGCUCAUCAUUACGAAGCCUGACAGAGAGCAGCACCAAGGGACCUUCACUUGCAUUGCAGAGUCUUCUGUGUUUGGAAAUAUGACCAAAUUUAUUCAUGUCAAAGUGGUGGAUAAGACGAUGGCUUUCCCGCUGGGUCCCUUGAUUGCUGGCUGUGUGGUGAUCCUGUGCACUGUUCUCCUUGCAGUUUUGUCCAAAUGGAGUCAAAUUGCAAAGUGCUGCAAGUAUAAAGUCAUGAAGGCCCCCAGAGACAACACACAUCUUUCACAACACUGAGAAACUAAAAAAAAAAUAAUUUAAUUUUCUAAUUUAUGUUAAUUUCCUUUUUAAGCAACUUUAUGUAAGAUGUAGGUACAGUGUAGCACCCCAAGAGUUAAAAUAAGCUGUAAUUCGAGUCAAAAGAGGCCAAAGAUAUUACCGGUAGUAUCAUUAUGAAGAAAAACAUGAAUCACUCAUCCUCAAUUUUUACAAUCUAAAAAGAAUAAGUAACAUAUUACUAUGUAAAGGGUGGGUCAGCUCGCAGUUACUUUAGCAAGGGAAUAAAGCCAUUACACACAGUUAAAUAUUGAUGCUUUGGGUCAAAGGCAGAUUGUACCGCUAUUGUGUACUGUCACUGAAAAGAACAACCUGUCCAUCAAAGAGUGAAUAAAUGUGGAACUAUAGAAUGAGGUGUCAAACCAUAUGGCUUAGUACUCUCUCUUAAUUUCAAAGCAUAUCAUAACUAACAUUAGAUGAGUAUACUAAUGUUAUCUCUCUUUAUAUAUGCUUGCUGUUUUUAAGCUUCAAUUCCUAUUUCAAUAAAUAGCAUAAAUAGCUCAGAACAUUAACAAUAAGCUUACUAUAGUCAAAGCCAAGUUUAAUUUAAAGCUCUGACGUUUCUUUUUGUAAAAUUAUUUCAGUAAGCAUUGUAAUAUGAUUAGCAGAGGUGGGGAACAAAUAUUUAAAUAUUAACAAUGAAAUGGUUUAAAGCAUAGCACAACUUUUCCACAAUAAGCAGGCAGUGUGGUCUGCUGGGCCGAUACUGUGACUGAUGAACGUGUGAGGCCCUCACAGAGGUACUUACCUUGUGUCGAGAUUCAUCGUUGGCUGCUACAGCAGCCAGUCCCACCAGAACCUACCAGCCUUUUUAUGUGAUUGUAAAAUGCUUGAUAUUCCUCUUGGGUGCCAUUUUUGGGAUUUUUGCAAUAAAAUUGGAGAAAUGGCUAA